AUGCCUAUCACGUGGAAUUCAGAAAACGAGGCCAAGGUAAACCCAUACAUUUCAACCCCCCGGCGACCCCAGCCCCCUUUUCAUCCAUCCAUCCAUCCCUCCAACAAGCAAGCAAGCAAAACCCGCUAACAACAACACCACCUACCUCUUUCACAGUUGCUCGCGGCCAUCUUCCAAGUCUGCAACGUCCAAGUCACCGAGCCGCAGAAAGCGGAAGCCGCGCGCAUCAUGGGACAGGGUGAGUAUCCAUGCCGCCCCCCCCCCCUUUUUUCCCUAAUCCACCAAGGUACGAAUUAACCUGCUGAAAUUGUAUGUGCUAGGAUGCACCGCCAAAGCCAUCUCCCAUCGGAUCCAGAAGAUCAAGAAAGGCGCGAACCUCGACGGCAGCGGCAGCGGCGGAGGAGACGUCGGGACUCCAAUUCCAGCGGCGAAGCGUGUGAAGACGGGCAAGGGUAAGAAGGCAGCCGCUAGUAUUCCUCGCGUCGACGACGAUGAUGAUGAUGACGAGGAGGAGGAGGAGAUGUUUGGCGGCGCGUCCGGAAACCCCAAAGGUAAGAAGCGCAGCGCGGGAGGAAGAGUCAAGUCGGAGCCAAGAGAGGAUGACGAUUACGGCAUUCGGGUCGGGGAGGAU